CCCAAUACAUGAGUGAGUAAUCAGACUGGUGAAUUUCUGCUCAUAUUUAUUUGUAAAUAAGUAAUGUUCACGGAAUAGCGACCUCCAUGUAAAAUGUCUGCAUCAUCAUGUAUACUGGUGUUUCUUGUUGUCAGACGAGUCCUGACUUAUCAGCAAUUAGUUGUACCAGGUGAGACUACGGCAUCUAGCAGUACCGUAUAUCAGAACUUCUAUCCCUCCCGAACAGUGGACGGGGAUUUCAGUCAAGCCAUUGGCAGCUGUUCACACACCGGUACUGACCCGGCAAUAAGAGAAGCCUGGUUACGUGUUGAUUUGGGUUCUGUAUACAGCCUGAAGUUUGUCAAGUUAUGGUACAGAAAUGAUAGGGGAUCGGUCUCUCUCAGCACUAUACGUUUACGUGGGUACACAAUAAAGUUAUCCAACAGUACUCAAUUGUCGGAUGCUGAAACAUGCUAUAGCGACACCGGAAAUGACGCUCUACCAACUAUUUUGACCAAUGACUGCGAAGGAACUUCCCGCUUUGUUUGGUUCCACACAACAAGUGUUCCAGAUUCACGUGACACUGUCCCCAUGCUAGAAAUAUGUGAAGUUCAAAUAUUUGGAUGUCAAACUGGACUCUAUGGAGAGAACUGUUCAUUGACCUGUGACCAUUGUAUGAAUCCCUCGUCAUGUGAUAUUGACUCGGGCGAAUGUGACACUUUCGGGUGCGCACAUACUGGGCUUUUACCCACCUCCUGCAGAGAAUGUAUCCCUGGAUAUUUUGGGGGAAACUGUUCAUCCUUUUGUCAUGCCAACUGCUAUAAUGUGAGCUGUGACCAAUCUACAGGACAAUGUAACAAUGGGUGCAAGCCAGGAUUUGACGGACUGUAUUGUAAUCAGACUUGUCGAGGCGGAAAGUAUGGGGCCGGAUGUCAAGAGGAUUGUGGGAAGUGUCACGAUGCCUCUCCUUGUCAUCAUUUAACUGGAUACUGUAACCUUGGUUGUGAGAAGGGAUACAGAGGUUCGCUUUGUAAACAAACCUGUGACCCUGGCAAGUUUGGAGUAAACUGCACUAGUAUAUGUAGUGCCCACUGUCAGCCCGUUUCGUCGUGUGCUUUCAAGGAUGGAAGUUGUACAUGUGAGGAGGGAUGGAGAGGGAAUAAAUGUGAUACACCUGCCUGUGAAGAUGGCUGGUUUGGGUACGACUGUGCUAACCAAUGUAGCAGGUACUGUUACAACAAUACUAUUUGCGACAAGGAAACCGGAAACUGUCCCAGUGGAUGUAUUGUGGGAUAUGUUCCUCCAGCCUGCCUUCAAAAUGCUUACAGUAUCAAUGGUAAUGAUGGAAGUUCUUUACACGUGAUGUCCUUGGGAGCUGGGAUAGCUAUGGGAAUCGGAAUAUGUUUCUUGAUUUUUGUUUUCGUUUUCAUAUUGAAGGGACUUAUAAGAAAACAGAGGACUAAUGAAACACAAAAACCUGAUUAUGAUAAUGAAGACAGUAAGAACAGUAAAUUUCCGACAGGUAUUCCUAAGGAAGAGAAAUGUGACAGGAACUACCCUCAGUAUCAGAACAACAGUUAUGUUGAUCUGAUGGAUGAUCCUGAUGGAAUUGUGUACGAAGUUAUUUCACAAUAGUCAACAAUCAAGUUUCUUAGUGUUUACGACUCGUUUU